AUGCUGUGGGGACGUGUACCACUCGGUAUUGGCGUCAGGACGAAACUGCUGUCCGUCACGCCCGCUCUGCAACGACCGGCGGUGUCGCUUCUCUCGACUUUCGCUCCUCCACCGACUGUUCGCCAGCACCUUGACGCUCUCGAACAGUUGCUCUACGUUCGCAUCCCUGCGCGGCAGUUCGUGUACAAGCCUAAUUCGGCUCAGCAGGUUGCUGCCAUCCUCGGCUUCAAAAACGCAUACAGGACUCCCAACAUCCAACGCACUAUCUGCACGGCCGAAGUCGAUGGACGAGUUGGCGCCAUUCCACUCACCAUCGAGCGCAUUGCCGAGUCCUUGACACAUCGCUAUUCCACCGCUGUCCUCCGUCAAGUCGCCGACCUCUUCUCCGACUUCCGUACCCGACCUCCCAAUGGCGGCCUCUACCUCCCGUCAAGCCUGUACCAGCCCCGCGCGCCGUCUAAUAAACCAUCGACGUAUGGAAGCGGAAACGAACUGCAAGAUGAUCUGUUGCGCGAUCUCUGCGAGACUGACAGCAUCUUGCACUUCCUCGAUGGUGAAGCAUGGAUGUUCGGGCGCGGUUCGUGGCAGAUUCGAGCGGACGUGGUGCCGGUUACGGACGCCGAUUUUGAGCUGACCAGGGAAGGCGAGUGGGACGGCGCCGUCAUAAUGGCCGAGGCGAUGACCGACAGCCGGUUCAGGAGAAUGCGCACGGUAUUGUUGGGUAUGGGGGUUUUCCCAUGCAUGGAGGAGACCAGUAGGGGUGUGCCUCGUUACUGGGAUGAAGCAAAAGGGAAAUUGCGGGCCCUCAACUCAUACCUCCGAAUCGCCGUCCAGAUCAACUCGACCAUCACGAGUCGAAUCACACGGUCCAAGUACCAUGGCCUCGCGCACCCCUACAUCCCGCUCAUUGUCACGAAUGGCUCGCUCUUCUUCGUCGUCCUCGGCAAGAUCGACGCGAUAGACGGCAGGCUGUACGGUCGAAUUGGCUUCACAAGGAUAGAGUCCUUCGCCGACGUCCCCUUGCGCGCUCUGCUCUUUGCCCACGCCCUGAUGCAUCGACUCGACCCGAUUCUUCCUCCUCCUCCCGGCUUCGCUCUCGUCCAAGCUUUGAAAUCCACGAUCCAGCCUUCUGACGCCUUCACGUCACGAGCAAAGGCGGAGGAGGCGCUUUGUGGACCCGGAAUUGCGAAAAAGGCGGACGACAAGACGAGCGCGACGGGGCAGCAGGAGUCGGACGGCACGGAGGGCGGGAACAAAGGCGACGCAGGAGGUCGUGCAGGAGGCGUUGCAGAAGGUGGCGUGCCGCGCGGUGUUCGACAUUUCUCCGCGUCGUCCAGCUUCGUGAUGCGGCCCAGGGCGAGAGAGGAGAAGGAGCCCGCGCUGCCGGCUCGCUUCAAUCUCGUCGCUGCUUGGUGGGGCAACGGCCGGGGUCGCUCACAACCAAUCACCUAUGAGCUCGUGACGGUAGGUCUGCUCACCCGAUUCCGGCGCUUCCAGCUGACUUUCUUCCUCGCAGGCGCGACACUCGCUCCCCGCCAGCGAACCCAUCCCGACCGUCGUGAUGGACCAGCGCCUGAGCAAAAAAGGCUCGCUUUUCAUCGCCAAAAGUACCGCGACUGA